GAACACAGAGAAUUCAAUUGUGAGUUGAUCUGACCAUCAUACACUGAAUUAUUGUUGGUUUAAUAUCGUUUGGCAGCCAUUUUGACAGUUUUCCAUAGAUAUUUCGGCACAUUGCACCCCCCCCCCACCAAAUACCCCCCAGUGGGAAAUUACUUAUGUGUGCUCCUAAGUCCCCUGAACACAAAGAAACAAAUAGUGAGUCAAUCCAACCAUCAUAGACCGAGUUAUUGCAGUUUGAAUACUGUUAGGCUUGGUCUUGAAUGUGACCAAAAGUGAUUUUCGUAAUUUCUGAACGUACAAAUACAUAUAAACUCAGUUUUCCAUAUAAGUGUCACACAAGAAAUGAAAUGGAACAAUCACUGUGAGUUUAUCUGACUAUUACAUGCUGAACUAGUGUGGUUUGAGUAGCGUUUGGUGGCCAUUUUAGCGUUUUUCUACCUCGAACAUCCCAGUAGGAAACCAUUUAUUUGUGCUCCUAAGUCCCCUGAACACAGAAAAAAGCAGUGAGUAGAUCUUUAUUAGUAAUUGAUGCAGAAACCACUGAGAUAAAUGGUCUUGAAAAUAAAUUUAUAAUUUAUACUCUGUCGGAAUGGCGGGAUGUCGGAACAGUUCAAACAUUCCGUUCCCGCGCCGUGUGAGAACAGGAGGAGGGGAGGGGGGAGGAGCAAACAUAUAAAAGCACUCGCAUAGCAGCCUUCUAAACCAUUUCUCUGCUGCUGUCUCUGCUGCUGUUUGUGAUAUACUCUCUCUCUCUCUCUCUUGUUUCGAGUUUGCCUUCUAAACCAUUUCUCUGCUGCUGUUUGUGAUAUACUCUCUCUCUCUCUCUUGUUUCGAGUUUGCCUUCUAAACCAUUUCUCUGCUGCUGUUUGUGAUAUACUCUCUCUCUCUCUCUCUCUUGUUUUGAGUUUGAUGAUGCCAAACCACAAGACGUUCUCUGUCCAGGAGGUUUUGGAUCAGGUUUUUAGUGAAGAGGUAGACAUAGAGGAAAAUGUGUCUGAAAUCGAAGACAAUGUUGUGGAAGACCCUGAUUAUGGGGCAUCGUCCUCUGAUGAGGAUGAGACCCUUGAUGCUGAAGUUCCUGUCAACACUGGAACACCAGCAGACAUUUUCCUGUCCAAAAAUGGAAAGUUGUCGUGGUCCCCUGCCCCACGUCAACGGCAGGGUAGACUUAGCGCUGGUAAUGUCAUCAAAAUGGUUCCAGGCCCAACCCGAUAUGCGAUUAGCCGUGUCCAAGACAUAAAAUCUGCAUUUGAGCUCCUCAUGACACCAUCAAUUGAGAACCAUGUACUCUUGAUGACCAAUUUAGAGGGGAGUCGUGUGUUUGGGGACAGUUGGAAGCCGAUCGAUGCAAUUGACUUGCAGGCAUACAUCGGGUUGCUCAUUUUGGGGGGCGUGUACAAGUCCAAAGGCGAGGCAGCAGAAAGCCUGUGGAAUAAAGAGACUGGAAGGGCCAUCUUCCCAGCCACCAUGUCUCUGAAGAAAUUCCAUAUUAUGUCUCGUGUCCUACGGUUCGAUGACAGAGAGAAAAGACAGGGCCGGAGAGAACAUGACAAGCUGGCAGCUAUCCGGGAUGUAUGGGACAAGUGGGUUCAGCAACUGCCAUUGCUUUACAACCCAGGCCCCCAUGUGACUGUGGAUGAAUGUCUGGUGGCGUUUCGUGGCCGCUGUCCAUUUAGACAGUACAUCCCGAGUAAACCAGCCAAAUACGGCAUUAAAAUAUGGGCAGCAUGUGAUGCCCAGUCGAGCUAUGCCUGGAAUAUGCAGGUCUACACCGGCAAAGCCCCUGGGGAAGCACCUGAAAAAAAUCAGGGCAUGAGGGUUGUCCUGGACAUGGCUGAGGGACUGGAGGGGCACAAUAUAACGUGCGACAACUUCUUCACCUCCUAUGCCCUUGGUGAAGAACUCGCAAAGCGGAAAGUCACCAUGCUGGGGACAGUCCGCAAGAACAAGCCAGAGCUUCCCUCUGAGCUUGUUGCAAUCAAGAACAGACAGGCUACAUCCUCAGUGUUUGCCUUCACUGAGAACGCCACAGCUGUUUCGUAUUGCCCCAAGAAAGGGAAGAACGUUGUGCUCAUGAGUACGAUGCACAAGGAUGCCCAGCUCAGCACCAGGGAGGACAAGAAGCCACAAAUGGUGUUGGACUACAAUGCCACAAAGGGUGGUGUUGACAACCUGGAUAAAGUCACAGGCACGUACAGCUGCCGACGCAUGACUGCACGAUGGCCCCUUGUUGUAUUCUUCAACAUCAUCGAUGUGAGUGCCUACAACGCUUUUGUGCUUUGGAGGGAGAUCAGUGAAGGCUGGAACAGCGAAAAGCUGUACCGGAGGAGGCUGUUCCUGGAACAGCUGGGGUACGCGCUGGUGCAACCCCAAAUUGCACGAAGAGUUGUCCUACCAAGAGCCUCAGCGGCUGCUGUGGUGAUAGUGGAGGAUGUUCAGAGGGAGGCACACACCUCCAAUCCUCCAGUGGCCAGAGGGCAAAAACGAGGCAGGUGCCAGAUCUGUUCCACUAGGAACGAUAACAAGACAACUAAUACAUGUGGGGGAUGUGGCAAAUACAUCUGCAAGGAGCACAUCCGUUGUGGAUCAUGUGCCCAGUAGUGCUUUACCCUUUCUUGGAGAGUGGGGGAUGAAUAUUGCCAUUUUUCAUCUGUUUUACAUUUCUUGAGAGAGGUAGACUCUAGGCUACUUUUUGCAGUCUGUGAAAAAAUAGGAGUGGCAGACUUUUACAGUAUUUUAGUUUUUUUGAAAUAAGACAAUAUUUUUGGUAAAUAGCCUACUGUCUUGUUAUUUUUUUCUUCAAAUAUGGACACUCCAAAUGGCCGGCCAAUGGUCAGAUAUUUGUUGUUGUUGAAAAAAAACAAAACAAAACAAAAAAAAAUACAAAAUAUAAAGAGUAAUAAAAAAACUUCCCCCAUUGAGGAUUGCCACCUUAUCCUGGUCAGAGGGUUUGUGCUUGACCCUUUCUUGGAGAGUGAGACGAAUAUUGUUAUUUUCAAAUGGACACUCCAAAUGGCCAACGGUCAGAUAUUUGUUGUUGUUG